CCCCAAAAAAUUGUUUGCACCCUCAAUUGAAAAAAGGAGGGAGUGAACAUUUUUUAAUAAAUAUGAUAAAAAUAAUAAAAUACUUGCCCACAAAACAAAUUGUAAUUAGCUCGUGACAAUUUCCAUUAAAUACCAUUGUUUGAUGCAUUUAUUUUGUUCACUAAACCGAUGAGAACUUUAUUAUUAUUGUGACAGGUGCGCGUUAACUGCGCCCAGGCCGGCGGCCGGUGUGUGCAAAAUGCGCGCACCCAUGUAUAUAGUAUAUCUAUGGCGCGCACGGCAGCGUCAUCGAACUUCUUCGGCAGCAACAAUUAAGCAUUUAGCAAUGGAUAUCCGAAAAUGGCUCAAAAAGAACACCGCAGAACUUAUCAACUCCAUCAAACAUUAACCAGUGCAGGGAGUAGGAUGGAUCCUGUGCCCCCUGGUGGAUCCAGUGUGCCACUGUCUUUGAACCUCCUACAGUCUCCGCUCCCCAGCUUGUUGUUCGUUCAUGAAUACUGGACAACAUGGGGCAGUUUGAGAAAAUGGCUGCUGACAGGCUGUUGUCUGAACAAGUUACAAUUUGAAUGACAUUGUAAAAUCAUUUGUUCUCACAAAGCUUAUUUUAUUAAUGUAUUACAUGUAUUAUGUUCAUAAGAACCCAUAUUUGUCAGUUGUGUUUUGAUUAUAUUUUUUUACAAUCUUGUGAACUUUAAGAAAGGCACUAUGUAUUACUGAUUAUUUUUUGUGAAAUGAACAUUACUAAUUGGGUUUUAUCUGUCAGCAUUAAGAGUUUUGGGCAGCAGAAUAAGCACUUUAAGUUGUAGUAAUUGUUGUUGUAAUUUAUUUUUACAUAAAUUAUCUUAUUUUUAAUUCAAAAGGUGAAAGUUCCAUACCAGUAUUUUUUUAUAUGCAAUAACAGAUGUGUGUGCGUUUAUAAAUUCCACAUUUUUAUUUUCCGAAAAUCAAUUGUUAAAACAAAUUAUUUGCCAACUUUUGUUUGUGCAAAAGUAGGUGAACCCUGAGCUGCAUUGCUUAAAUCGAGCAGGUAAACACAAUCAGGUGGGAUAAAUGUAGUGAUGAAAUGGACCAAUGUAAUGAGAGAUCUUUAGGGAAGAAAUUGGGCGGCACUAGAUAAAACAGAUCAAACUGGGUAGGUUUAGGCUCACCGAAGUGAACUCGUUCAGGUUAAUCACUAAAUGUGUCCCACCUGAUUGUGUUUACAUGCUCGAUUUAAGCAAUGCAGCUCAGGGUUUACUAACUUUUGCACACAACGUCCACAGUUACCCGUCCGGCUCCUCUAUGCCCGUGGGGCAGGUGGAGAGGAUCCUGACGCAGGCCUUCACCGCCUGGAGCUCCGUCACCCCCCUGACCUUCACCCAGCUCCGCCAGGGCGACGGAGACAUCAGGGUGGACUUCCACCGCUCGCUGCAUGAGGACGGCUACCCCUUCGACGGCCUGGGGGGCACGCUGGCCCACGCCUUCUUCCCGGGGACGGACCCCAUGGCCGGGGACACGCACUUCGAUCUGGACGAGCCCUGGGGCCGCUCAGGCUCGGAUCAGGAAAUCGACCUAUUCACCGUGGCGGUGCACGAGUUCGGCCACGCCCUGGGGCUCGGACAUUCGUCCUCUCAGCUGUCCAUCAUGAAGCCGUACUACCAGGGCCCCGUGGGAGACGUCAACACCUACCGCCUCCCCGCGGACGACCGGCAGGCCAUCCAGGAGGUGUACGGUGCCAUCCAUGGUGAAACACCGUACCCUAGUGACCCGAACCUCCCAGGACUGCCCCCGCCUCAGCCCCGGCCAACCAGGCACUCAGACCCCUCGUUCCAGGAUCGAUGCACUGGGAAAUUCGACGCGGUGGCCAACAUCCGCGGGGAGGUGUUCCUGUUCAGAGGCCGGUACUUUUGGAGAACCGCCCGAGACGGGUCGUUGAAUUCGCUGAACCCGGCCCUCAUCAAUAACUUCUGGAUGGGCCUCCCAGCAGACACCAGCAAGAUCGACGCCGUGUACGAGAGGAGGAGCGACAGCAGCAUCAUCUUCUUCAUCGGUGCUCAGUACUGGGUGUUCAAGGACACCCAGGCCCGGGAGGGCUACCCCAGGCCCCUGUCCGAUUGGGGCAUGAGGACCGGGACAGGGGCCCCCGUGGACAGGGUGGACGCCGCCUUCGUCUGGGCUCACAACGGGAAGACCUACCUGUUCAGCGGCGGCGAGUUCUGGAGGUUCGACGAGAGCAGCGCGUCCCAGCAGGGGGGGAUCCGGCCGCAGGAGCCAGGGUACCCCAAGAGCGCCAACCUCUGGAGGGGGGUCCCCGCCCAUGUGGAUGACAUCAUCAGCUGGGGCGAAGGUGACGCCUACUUCUUCAAGGACAACCUCUACUGGGUUCUGAAGAAAGGCGGGAUGGACGAGGACAACGUCACGCCCAAGUCCAUCGCCGUUGAUUGGCUGAGGUGCCCGGCACCCACCCCGACCACAGACAGGCCGCGGCCAAAGGACUGCAGCUGUGCCCUGAGCGCGGCCAGGCCUCUGCUCUGUGGCAGUGGGCUGCUCCUGUGGUCUCUGGUGGGGCUGGCCUGGACGCUGGCUGGAGAGUAGAGAGAACAUCCCCUGAAGGACUGCGGGAGGACCUCCAAAACGCCCUCGUGACUCGUGUCUGAGCGUUGUUCUUAAAGGGGACAUAUUACACCACCAGGGGUGAGUUUGAUUAGCCUUACAAGUCGUUUUGAAAAUCUCUAAUCGCACCUGGUGGUAUAAUAUGUCCCCCUUAAAUUCGCUCACAAACACACUCGGUACCUUGACCUCACUGGCUUAACUUGGUUUAUGAAUUGGAACCGUGUUUAGUUUGCCUUCGGCAAGGAUUUCUACCUAAUGGUCUGGACAUCAGGAGAAAGUCGGUUUUGAAAGUACUGUCUACCUCGGCGUUCAUGGAGACAGCUUUUCACAAAAGACAAUGAAAUAAUUGUGCAAUAUGCAAUAUUUUUAAGCAUAAAUGUUCAAUAUACAGGGGUGGCCCAUUUGUUAAAUGAUGAGACGACCGGCUAUGAAUGACACGUUCCUGCUUCUCAGGUAGUUAGAAUGACAAUUCUAACUUUUGCAUUUUAAGUCAAUAAUUAGGAAGCUGAUACACAUUAUGGAUCAAUCAUUUAGGGACAAGGUGUGAGAAAUAAGUGGAUUUUUUGUAAAUAUUACUUAUUUGUAGCUGUCCACUUGGUUCAUUUUAUUGUUUAGUUUCUUUACUUUUUCAAAACAAAGAUACUCAAUUCAAUAAACGUAGGUAUAAUAAAGUGUUUUACUUUUUGCAUUGUGUAGCGUCUUACCCUAGCUAUCAUGUUGCAUAACUGUACCGACAGCGAUAAGUUUCCUUUUCUUCUGACAAAUGUACUUACUGUAAGUAGCUUUGGAUAAAAGCGACUUACAGGGAGGGGUAAAUGUAUCGUAACCGUAGAACAACCCCUCAAGAAAUGUUCCUGUGGCCAAAGAAAAAGACAUGAUAACAUCCUUCAUUUAUUCCUUCAUUAUUCAUUAGCAAAUAGUUAUGGUUUAACAUACAAAGUGAGUUAAUAAUUAAUUAUUAAG